UUUAGUUCCUCUUCUGAGAGAAGAACAGCAGCAGAGAGGAGGAGGAGGUGACAGGACGCAUAGAUCACAUCCGGGGCUGGUUUAUUCUAAUAACGAAACGUCCAACCCGGAAAAAAAGACAACUCUUCUGUAAUCCGAUCACACAAACAAACAGACGAGUGUGUGAGACGCACGCGGGACUUGUGAAUGUGCGUUGCUUGUAAAACUUAUUAAAACUUUAUUCACCAUGCUCGUAUUUACCAAACUCGGGCUUCUCUGCUUCGUAGUCGUGCGGGGCGCUGGCUGUGGCGCACACUGACUCUCCACGGCGGUGAUAUGUGAUAGCAGCAGCAUGCCGUACUUGGACCGGCUGAACCGUGUAUGUGGCUUCCUGGACAUUGAGGAGAAGGAGAACAGUUGCCGCUUCCAGAGGCGAUACUUCAUCCUUGACACGCAGGGAAAUGCUCUGCUGUGGUAUAUGGACAACCCUCAGAACCUGCCCAGUGGAGCCAGCUUUGUGGGCAGCCUGAAACUAACCUACAUCUCUAAGGUGAGUGAAGCUACAGCGAAGCAAAAGCCCAAGACAGAGUUCUGCUUUGUCAUCAAUGCAGUUUCCCGGCGGUACUUCCUCCAAGCCAACGAUGUGACUGAUAUGAGGGACUGGGUGGCCGCUCUCAACAGGGCCAGCAAGAUCACUGUUCCAAAGUCUGGCCCUGCACCUCCAAGGUCUGAUGUGACCACAGUAAUCAGUGACACUCAGGGAGGGAAGCGACAGCAGGCCUACAAGACGGAGAUCAUCGGUGGCGUGGUGGUGCACACUCCCAUCCAGAAUGAGAGCGAAGAGACAGAAGGCAGAGAGAAGAAGGGCACCAGGCAAGGUGUGUUGAGGUGCGGUUAUUGUGUCAAACAAGGAAAUGUGAGGAAGAGCUGGAAGAGGAGGUUUUUUACCCUGGAUAACAUUGCAGUUAGUUACUACAAGUCUGAGAUGGAUAAGGAGCCUCUCCGAGCUGUUCCACUGAGGGACAUUCAGAAGGUCCAUGAAUGUCUCGUCAAGUCAGGGGAUCUCCUGCUGAGAGACAACCUGUUUGAGAUCAUCACCAGCUCCCGAACCUUCUACAUUCAGACAGACUCUCCAGAGGAGAUGCAUGGCUGGAUCAGGGACAUUGAGAUGAAGAUCCAGGAAUUCAGAGGUCCCCCUAAGGGUGUUUUAUUUAAACGUGCGUCCUCUCUCUAUCGAAGUCACAACACCUCCUCAGCGUCUCGAGGUCAACAGGGUGACGAGCGCAGACCUCCCUUGGUUAAGUCCUGCUCUGUGGCCCCAGGCUGGCAGCCCUGGAUGCCCGUCCCAUCGUGUGAGCCCUCCAUCCUGGACGCAGAGGAUGAAGACAGCGUGUUCAGCCCCGUGCCCACCUUGCCUUCUCUCUCCUCAUCCUCCACCUCGUCCUCCACCUCGUCCUCCUCCAACUCCCUCUCCAACCCGACCCCUUGCCCCAGCAUGCCUCCAGCAGCUUCGGCCAGCGGACUGGGGAUCCUCACAGCGUCAGGAGACGUGGCCAGUGGGCGUCGGAGGCACCGCUCGCAGCCUCAGUCUCACACCGGCUGCAGCUUCCCCUUCAGCCUGGAUGAUGUUGACAUCCGCACAACGGACGUCUAGUCCAAUGAAGUCUGUCCAGACUCCUGUUUGGACUCAAGUGUUGGUACUUGCUUUAAUAUGAAUGUGACUGGCAAUAAUAGUAUUCCCUGCUAAUGAAGUCACUGUGACCAUUUGCCUCAUGUCAUGAGAUUGGGGCUCCCUGCUGGUCUUGUAGCUGUAUUGCAGACGAUGUAUGCACCCAGCUGGAAGGGGACCAAAGGGGCGCAGUGUUUGUUGUUCACAGUACUGUGAAAAAGUAUAAUAGAGUGUUUUUAGUGCAACAUCCUCUGAAAACUUGAAUAAUCUUGUUCUUGCAGACAUAUGACGGCACAUGCUUUCAGUAUGUUGCACUUGGCUCCCAUCGGAGACUUUACGCUGUCAUCAAAAACAUGUUUCCACCCCUGCUAGAAGUAUUCACACACACGUGUUUAAAGGCAUUUUAACACAUUAGUAUCCAUCAUUUUUAUACUCAAACAUAUGUUCACUAAGUUCUUUAACAUAAUUUUUGUUUCUUUGGAGCCCGGCAAUGUUUUUCCCUCUUUCUCCCUGAGACAUUAUCUGAAAAGCUUCACAUCAACUUCUUUAAUAAUAAACAAGCAUUUUAGUACUAACAUCUAAUCAGGUGUCUGGGUGAAAGUAUCCUGCUGCUGUCUCAAAAAAACGGUACAUGCACUCACAUGCCAACUGACUGAGAACUCCUCUGUUGUUGAAGCUGGUGCAGACAGAGAAGAUGGAGUCAGCAGCAGCUUUUAUGUGUUCGCGCUAUGUUUUAAACAGGAGCUUUUAAUAAGUAAACUGUGACUCCUCUUAGCUUUUAACAGGGUACCGUAACAGUACAGCAGUGGUAAGUGUAGUAGAAUGUACUGCCAACAUCAAAGUACAGCCGAUCAGCUGGUUGACAGUUUUGAAAAUGUGAUAUUGUUAUUGCAGCAUUAUGUGGGGGAAAAUGUGCCACUACUUCUGGUAAUUUAAUAGUAAUUUCGCACUUUGCUUUUCCCAUUUUUACUUGUGUUUCGGGGGGUUUUGUCAGAGCUUUCACAGCUGAUAUUACAGCUUCCUUUGAGAUGAUGCCUCAGAUACUUUGUGUUGUUACACAAGUAGUCUCAGCCCCUCUCAGGUUCACCUCGAGACUUAAUUGAUGUGGUACCAUGUUCAUAACUAUUUCCGUUUUCUGAAACUGUGCACUUGUCUGCCUGCGUGUAAUGUUAAUUUUUUUUCUUGUACAUUAAAAGAUGCUUUUUAUU